GGCGCGGCCGUGAAGAGCGUUGCACUGUGGGAGUUCCUUCCUUUCUCGCUCCUCCCCGCCAUCUUGACGGGCGCGCUAGGUUGGAGGUCCGUCCCGCACCUCAGGCAGGAAGAUGGUGGCCGCCAAGAAGACGAAAAAAUCGCUGGAGUCCAUCAACUCGCGGCUCCAGCUGGUGAUGAAGAGCGGAAAAUACGUGCUGGGCUACAAGCAGUCCCUGAAGAUGAUCCGACAGGGCAAGGCGAAGCUCGUCAUCCUCGCCAACAACUGCCCGGCCUUGAGGAAAUCUGAAAUAGAGUAUUACGCCAUGUUGGCCAAAACUGGUGUCCAUCACUACAGUGGCAAUAACAUAGAGUUGGGCACAGCGUGUGGAAAGUACUACAGAGUGUGCACGCUCUCCAUCAUUGACCCAGGUGACUCUGAUAUUAUUAGAAGCAUGCCAGAACAGACUGGUGAAAAGUAAAUCCUGAAAUUUUUCCUUUAAUAAAAACAGAGCUUGUGUUAAAA